AUGGCCCAUCUACUCCCAACAUUGACGCUUGAUGGCCAUGGAGGUGCUCCUCCAACCUCCUUGAAUGCCACCACUCCGACGAUAUUUCACAAGAUCCAGAACCAGCCGUCGAUCCUUGCCAUCUUGGUAUCCGACUUCAAAUUGUAUGCAGGUACGCAGAACGGAGACUUGCUGGUGUGGUCUCUCGAGACAUACGAGCUGCUUUCGACAGUCAAUGCGCAUAGAGGCAGUGUGCUAUGUCUCUGCUUGUCCAUCGACAAGACCAUCCUCUUUUCAAGCGCUGGAGAUGCCAUUGUCAAUGUUUGGUGCACAAAGACUCUCGAUCGACUUUACUCGAUAUACUCCGCGUAUGACGUUGGGGACGUCUUCUCAGUCGUCUACUCGCAAGAUCUGCAGACUGUCUAUCUAGGAGCUCAAAAUACAAGCAUACAAUGGUAUGACCUAUCACAGAAGGACAUCAGACCUCCACCAGACCCGAAAUUGCACCCGUCCUAUCGAAAUCAUCGCUUCUUUGACUCCAAAGGUCCAACUGGCGUCUCCACACCACGCCCUCUCUCCGCAUCCGAGACACGAGCUUUUGGCGGCCAAGAUCUUGAAAUAGACAGAGAACACAUAAUCCAAUAUGCGCAUUACGGCUAUGUCUACUGUAUGUUGCUGUCGAGGGGUCUAGACGCCGAUAACGCCGAUGCGGAGACAUUGAUAUCUGGAGGUGGUGAUGGCAUAGUCAAGCUGUGGUCCCUGGACAGCGGUGAAAGCGGCGCCUUGAGUGAGGAGAUCUCACUAGAGAAUGGAGAUGGCUCUGUACUUUCUAUGGCACUCGAUGGUACGGUGCUCUAUACUGGGCGCUUAGAAGGAGACGUCAAUGUUUGGGACCUCGAUACUCGACAAUUGAUUCGGACUGUGAAAGCCCACAACGCCGACGUCCUUGCUCUGGCUGUUGGCUACGGUCUCCUUUUCAGUGGAGGAUCUAAUGGCAUCACAAAGAUAUUCAAUUCGCGCCACGAGGACAUCAACAGAUGGAGGGCCCAUGAUCAUCUCAUCCUCGCUUCCGCUGUUGCAUCAUUUAAGAGCAAUGAGAUAUAUGUGACAGGUGGCAAUGACGGGUGCAUUGCGAUUUGGGACAUCAGUGAGUGCGUCAAUAGGCCCGGGAGAGGGUCUAGAAUUAGCGAUGAACAACUCGUUUUAUCUCUUGAAAAGCUUGUUUCGUACCGUACGGUAUCUUCGAAACCUGAUUAUGCCCAGGACUGCCGGCGUGGAGCAUCUUACUUGAGGAAUCUCUUCAAGCAGUUGGGUGCCCGGACGGAGCUAUUUAGCACCAAGGAUUCCAGGAAUCCUGUGGUCUUCGCCCGAUUCAGAGGCAAGAAUAAGGGGCUGGCGAUCGGCAAGACCAUUAUGUUUUACGGGCACUACGAUGUAGUCGCAGCAGAGAAUAGGGAAGAGACAUGGUAUGCCAAUCCUUUCGAGAUGCAAGGUGUCAAUGGCUAUCUUUAUGGGCGAGGUGUAUCAGACAACAAAGGUCCAAUAUUGGCGGCUCUUUACGCAGCUGCAGACAUAGCCGCCGAACAACAGCUCAAUUCUGACAUAGUUUUCCUGGUAGAGGGUGAGGAAGAAUCCGGAUCAAGAGGUUUCCAAGAAGCCAUUAAAGAGAACAAACAGAUCAUUGGGGAUGUCGACUGGAUUUUGCUAGCGAACAGCUACUGGCUCAAUGAUGAUAUUCCUUGUCUGACGUACGGCCUCAGAGGGGUCAUUCGAGCCACGAUCGAAGUGGCAAGCGAGCGCCCUGACCUGCAUAGUGGUGUCGACGGUAGCCAACUCAUCAACGAGGCUUUGAAAGACGUCAUCGCAUUGCUCGCAAGGCUGACGGGCCCCAACGGCGAAGUCAACAUCCCUGGUUUCUAUGAAAAUAUACCAGCUAUGACACGAGAAGAGGACGCCAUGUACGAAGCCAUCAGCAGGACGUUACUUCGCAACAAUCCCGACCUUGGCGACGCUGAGAGUCUCACCGCAUCAUUUAAAGCAAGAUGGAGAGAGCCUUCGCUUACCAUUCAUCGUGUUGAUAAUUCUGGCCCUGCAAAUUCCACCAUCAUAUCUCGCGUUGCGAAAGCGGACCUUUCUCUCCGCUUGGUGCCAAACCAGACCACUGCGGAGGUCAAAAGAAAGCUGCUGAAAGCAUUAGAAGUUGCCUUUGACCAUUUGAACUCCUCAAACGAGCUCACGAUCAAGAUAGAACACCAGGCUGAACCCUGGCUGGGGGAUCCCAAGAACGAGAUCUUCCAAACACUCGAGAAGGCAGUGAUGGAGGUAUGGGGUUCCAAGGGCCAUGAAAGAAGAAUAUCCAGCCCAGCAAAAAAGCGGGCGUCGAAGGAUCUCUCGAACGGGCUAAAAAGCCCCAAGCUUCCACCAGCGACAUCUUCAACGCUUUCAAGCGGUGGUGGCGGACUCUCCCACACCGACAUGGCAAGAAGCAAGGACGACACUAAAUCGCAGAAACAGCGCCCUUCGCAAAGACCCCUCUACAUUCGCGAAGGUGGGUCCAUUCCUGCCAUCCGUUUUCUCGAGCAGGAGUUCAAUGCUCCGGCGGCGCAUUUACCCUGUGGUCAAGCCAGCGAUAGUGCUCAUCUUGACAACGAGAGACUGCGGCUACUGAAUCUCUACAACAGCCGAAAAAUAUUCAAAAAAGUUUUCCAGGAAUUGCCAUUGCGAUGA